AUGACAGGCGAAAUCACUAUCUUUUGCAUUAUUGAUGGAGAAUCCACAGCGUUUCCUGUGAGGAUUCCACCAACAAAGACCGUGGACGAACUCAAAAAGGCAAUCAAGAAAGAAUAUGAGCCAGACCUAGAUUACCUUUCUGCUAAAAAGCUCAAUCUUUACUAUCUCUCAAUCCCUUCCGCGCCGAAAAGACAAAUCAUGCUCAACUAUCUAACAAUCGAAGAAAGAUCAAAGGAGCCAGAGGAGCUAGACGACGCAACAAGCGAGAUUUCUGAAUUCUUUGGAACGGCGCCACCAAAGAAAACCAUUAAUGUCAUCGUCCAGCGGCCGUUGGGAGCUGUCAUCUGGACGAACACCUCAAGUAUCCUUGCAUUGGUUAAGCAAUAUGAACGACUCAUCGGCACUAAACAAGCUCCGCUUGUUACAUCUUUUGGUUCAGAAUUCCCACUUUGCCGCAGAGAGGAAACUCUUGACGUAUUAUGGAAUGGGAGUUGUUAUAAUGGCGUCUUUGAGCGAUUUAAAAACCGCAAGAAGAGCGACAAGGGCCUAAAUCCAAUCCCACUUCUUGCCUGUGGGCCAGGUACAGGCAAAAGCAGGUCCCUCCAAGAAAUUGGAGGAAUGCUUCGUGAAAAGGCCAACUCUUACGGUGACCAGAGUAUUAAAAGCGCCUUCUCCAAUAUGGUCUCAAUCAAUAUUUGCUACGGCAAUGGCACCGCGGUCAGCCAGUUCGAUAACAAAAUUGGAGGCGAUGCAUCUAUUGCUGUUAGAUUACUCUACGGAUAUUUUAUCAGUAACAAAGACUCCGAUAGCAAACCUGUUGACUUUUUUCUGCAAAAGGAAGGCAUCAAUCUACUCUCAGUGAGCAGAGCCAUGGAGGUUAUUCAUGCUGAUAUUAUCAGACGAGGCACACCCACUAACAAUCCGAUUGUGCUGGUCAUCAGCAUCGACGAAGUGAAUCAUUUACACAAUGCUUACCCAGGUACCCUUCGAGAAGUUGCGAAUGCUAUUGGGAAACUGAGCUUGAGAACCAUAGAGCCUUUUUGUAUCCCUAUUAUGGCAGGCACAAUCCAAGGACCCAUCGAAGAAAUGCUCAUGGGAUCAACAUAUCGUAUCCUACACCUACCUCUUCCUCUUCUUACUGACGACGACGUGAUCGAAAUUGGCCGUAGGCUUCCUCCGACUAUAGACGGUAAGGCUCUACAUCUGACUGAAGACUACCUAAAGCAUGAUAUACUGCUCCACCGUAGUAUUGCAGACAUCGGUGGAGUGCCAAGGGCUGUGGAGCAUUUCUAUGAACACUUUGUGAAUCGCUUAAAGAAACUAAAGAAGAUCCCUGACAAGGAUGAGAAACUUACGGAAUGUCUGCGCAAUGUCGAUAUCAUGGCCGUUAUGCAGAGCCUGGCAGUUCGUUUAGACACACUUUAUCCUUUUGGGAACUACGUGGAGUUCAUGACACCUGUAGUGGAGUGGCAAGGGCCAUUCUUGCUGGAACGAGCUGAAGAGCAUGACAUAUACCAUAUACGUAUCCCAUAUUUGUGGCUGGUUUUAUUGAUCAGCGCUUCCUAUAGCCAAUCCGAGUCCCCUUUGAAGUACUGGACCGCUUUUAUCGAUCCAAAGCAAGAUGUCUCCUGGGCAGGCUGGGCUCUACGUUUAUGCCUUUUCUCUUACCUCGGAAAACAGACUGUGUCUCUGCAGGAACUUUUUGCAGGUGCUGAAUUUGAUCCCGAGUUUCCAGAGUUUAAAGUUGAAAUUCCAGAGCACCGCAAUGUUACAGUGCAUCAAUUGCUCGAAAUGUCCCCCAAUCACGAGAUCGCAAAGGAUGUGGACGGCAAGGAGCAUACUAACUUUCUUCAAGAGUUUCACAAGAUAUUUGUUAAUGGCAAGGGUGCUCCAGCUGACGGCUAUAUGCAGUUGCGUUUACAGAACAGAAGAGACAUUGCGUCUUUGUGUCUAUUUUGUCAAAUGGAAUGGGCCGAAGAGAAGGAUUCAAAGACGUCUAGCCCUAUCAACCAAAAAACAAUUGAGAAAGAAAUUGAAAAGAUUGCCGAAGUGAACGAAGUUCUUAAGAAACGAUGUCCAUCCUUGGAAUGUGCCUUUGGUAUAUUUUCAAAUCGACAAAUAGCUCCAAAGGCGAACCUCCGUUCUCAUACAUUUAUGAUGCCUGCAGUUGGGGAGAAGAUCUGUAAAGAAAUCGUGAGCGAGCGGAAGAAGCGACGAUUUGAGGAUGAAGAUGAUUUUAAGAAAAGGCCUUGGUUUAACUUCUUGAUGGGCAGAGCCGCAAGGGUUGGUACUCUGAUUGAUCCUAUGACGCCAACUGAAGGCGCUGCCUCUCUGUUCCUGCAGGCUCACGCUCACAUUCAUGACCCUGCUCAGCAAGCAAGACUCCGUAAUAACCAUUUCGGGGAUUCCUUGAUGAAGGCCUGUUGCAGUAACCACAGCAGCUCCUUGAACUACACUACCCGAUAG